AUGGAAGAAGAAAAAAGUAAAGACGAACUCAAAGAUUGGAAAGUAUAUGAAGCACUACGAGAAUCAGAGAUGGAUCCAGAUUUAGGUAAUGAUAUCGUAACUGCUUUAAGAAGUGACCUAGCAGGACUGCAGUAUAAGCGAGACAAGUUAAUAUCGGAGAACAGCGACUUAAAAAACCAGAUGUUGUCGAGAGAUCAAAGGAUUCUCGAACAGCAAGUCGAAAUAGAUCAUCUUCGAGAGCAAAACGCUCGACAAAAUGCAAUUAUAUCAUCUCUCAAAAAGAAAAUUCAGGACCUUGAAGAGAUUAAUCGCAGUUUUCAAACGUCACAAGGAAGAAGUGAACUAACCGUUCAGACUCUCCAAAGAGAUAAUCGCUACUGUGAAGAGAAGAUAAAAGAUCUAGAAAAGAAACUCAGGUCCCUCGAAUUGGAUUGCCACAAUGAGGAACAACAAAAGGAAAAUGCACGAUGUCAAUUCCAUGACCUUAUAAGAAGGUUGUCCGUCGCAUUGGAUGUGGAAUUUUGUGACACAACUCACACGCAUUCCCCGGAAAGCUUGAUCAUAAAGGCAGCUGAAUUGGUUCAAGAUAUUACGAGACUCAAAAACAGAUGUAUGAACACAACAGAAAACUUGUCGACUAUUGAACAAGAUUUGCGCAGUUGCAGAGAUAGCUUAGAUCGCGCUAACGCCGAUAAGGAAAUUCUUCAAAGACAGCUGUCAUCGCAACUCCUCGAUAUGGAACGAUUGAAACAAGAGAAAGAAUCUCUUGCUGUAUCUAAUAGGGUCCUGGAUAGAGAGCUUCAUGAAGCACGUGAAAAACUAUCUCAUUGCUCCAAGAACCUUAAUGUUGUAACCGAUAAUGUGAAUCAGAACGAAUCUAUGAUUAUACAGUUAAAAGAGGAUCUGAGACAUCGAGACGAAAAAUAUCAAAGAUUGCAGACUGAAUUUCGCAAUACCAUGGAAUCUAUUGCAAUAUUGUUGAGCUUGCCAACUCGGUUUGUUGAAGCUCAUGAGAGUACUAUUAAAGACCGCAUUAGAGAAAUCCUCAGUGACAACAAAGAUAGAUCAGUGCAAUUAGAAGCGCUACGCGAUAAACUGAACCUGGAAAGUCAACAGCUAGGUAGAACAGCUCAUAUGCACGACCAAGCGUCGACCCGCGUGAGGAUCCUAGAAGACGAAAGAAACAUGCUUGAAGCCAAAGUUCACAAGUUGGAAUCGGAAUUAAAUGCUUUAGAGCUCUCCCGAGACGGUCUACGCAAGGACAAAGCGAACUUCGUGGCAUUCCUUGAACGGCUGAGUCGCACACUCAAUAUGGAUGAGUUAACGCAAGAUAUUGGUAUAGAUCUCCACACAGAGUCCAUUAUGCAUAGGGCCGAGCAACUGGCGCGGCUCGAGAGCGAUAAAAUUGUAGACAAGACAGCCGUGGUGUAUCAGUUGCAGCGUAGAAUCCGAAUACUAAGAGAGCAACUUCAAAGAAAAGAUCUGCACUUGGAUUUACUACGACGUAAACUAAGUGUUCAGAUAACAUCUUUAGAGAGAGCCCGGAAGAUAGAAGAGCUGCAAAAGAAAUUAGACGAAGCGGAAUUGUUGAGAACGCGCUACAAUCGCAAAGUGAGCGUUCUAAAGGACCAAGUGCGCGCCACUGGGGAGACAUUCGAACAAGAGAGAACAAGUACUGAGCACCAGAUCAGCGUGCUCCGAGAUGAUCUGGCAAGAGCAAAAGAAGCCCUAGUCGAGUGCCAACGCCGAGAAGCACAAUUACAGAGCUUCAGGCAUUCAAUAGCGAAACUGCUGGGGAUCCUAGUACCCAGCUCAGUAUCUGACUUCGAGAUGGUAUCGCGGCUACAGAAGCUGAUUGAUGCUCACCACGACUUCACCAUAGUAUCCCGUCGAUACGACGAUCCAGCCCUCUUGCGUGCUUCGUCCAGAUCACCACCGCCAUCUCGAUGUAGAACAAGGACACCAGAUAGGUCUCUCCGGUACGACGACUCGGGCUACGCGGACCCAGCAUUCGAUCUUGAAGACGACCUCUAUAAGGCACGCCCGGCUUUGUGA